AUGGCACCCGCCGUUGGAAUUGAUUUGGGUACCACGUACUCCUGCGUGGGUAUCUUCAGAGAUGACCGCAUUGAGAUCAUUGCCAACGACCAGGGUAACCGAACCACACCCUCCUUCGUUGCCUUCACCGAUACCGAGCGUCUCAUCGGAGAUGCCGCCAAGAACCAGGUCGCCAUGAACCCGGCCAACACUGUCUUCGACGCCAAGCGACUCAUCGGUCGCAAGUUCGCCGACCCUGAGGUCCAGGCCGACAUGAAGCACUUCCCCUUCAAGGUCGUCGACCGUGCUGGCAAGCCAGUCGUCGAGGUCGAGUUCAAGGGCGAGAAGAAGCAAUUCACCCCCGAGGAAAUCUCCUCCAUGGUCUUGGUCAAGAUGCGUGAGACCGCCGAGUCAUACCUUGGUGGAACUGUCAACAACGCCGUUGUCACUGUCCCCGCAUACUUCACCGACUCCCAGCGUCAAGCUACCAAGGACGCCGGUCUGAUUGCCGGUCUCAACGUCCUCCGAAUCAUCAACGAGCCCACCGCCGCUGCUAUUGCAUACGGUCUCGACAAGAAGGUCGAGGGUGAGCGUAACGUUCUCAUCUUCGAUCUUGGUGGUGGAACCUUCGAUGUCUCCCUCUUGACCAUUGAGGAGGGUAUCUUCGAAGUCAAGUCUACUGCUGGUGACACUCACUUGGGAGGUGAGGACUUCGACAACCGUCUCGUCAACCACUUCGUAAACGAAUUCAAACGCAAAUUUAAAAAAGACUUGUCCACCAACGCCCGUGCCCUCCGUCGUCUCCGCACUGCUUGCGAGCGUGCUAAGCGUACUCUCUCUUCCUCCGCCCAGACCUCCAUUGAGAUCGACUCUCUCUACGAGGGUAUCGACUUCUACACCUCCAUCACCCGUGCUCGAUUCGAGGAGCUCUGCCAGGACCUCUUCCGAUCUACCACCCAACCCGUCGACAGAGUCCUUGCUGACGCCAAGAUCGACAAGUCAAACGUUCACGAGAUUGUCCUCGUCGGAGGUUCCACUCGUAUCCCCAGAAUCCAAAAGCUCAUCACCGACUACUUCAACGGCAAGGAGCCCAACAAGUCCAUCAACCCUGAUGAGGCUGUUGCCUACGGUGCUGCCGUCCAGGCUGCCAUUCUCUCUGGUGACACCUCCUCCAAGUCUACCAACGAGAUCCUCCUUCUCGAUGUUGCGCCACUGUCUCUCGGUAUCGAGACUGCUGGUGGCCAGAUGACCAAGCUCAUCCCCCGAAACACCACCAUCCCUACCAAGAAGUCAGAGGUCUUCUCCACCUUCUCUGACAACCAGCCCGGUGUGCUCAUUCAAGUCUUCGAGGGUGAGCGUCAACGCACCAAGGACAACAACCUGCUGGGCAAGUUCGAGCUCACUGGUAUCCCACCUGCGCCCCGUGGUGUUCCUCAGAUUGAGGUCACCUUCGAUGUUGAUGCCAACGGUAUCAUGAACGUCUCUGCUCUCGAGAAGGGCACUGGAAAGUCCAACAAGAUUGUCAUCACCAACGACAAGGGCCGUCUCUCCAAGGAGGAGAUCGAGCGUAUGCUGGCUGAGGCCGAGAAGUACAAGGCUGAGGAUGAGGCCGAGGCUGGACGUAUCAGCGCCAAGAACGGCCUUGAGUCUUACGCAUACUCCCUGAGAAACACUCUCUCCGACUCCAAGGUCGAUGAGAAGCUUGAGCCUGCCGACAAGGAGGCAUUGAAGGCCGAGAUUGACAAGACUGUUGCUUGGUUGGAUGAGAGCCAACAGGCAACCAAGGAAGAGUAUGAGGAGCACCAGAAGGAGUUGGAGGCUGUCGCCAACCCCAUCAUGAUGAAGUUCUACGGUGCCGGUGGCGAGGGUGCUGGUAUGCCCGGUGGAAUGCCCGGUGGACCAGGCGGCUUCCCAGGUGCUGGCGGAGCGGGUGCUACCCAAGAUGAUGGCCCAACUGUUGAGGAGGUCGACUAAACUGCUUCUCACGAAUCUCUUUGGUUGGUUUCUUGCAUUUGAUGGCAUCUUCCCCUGUGGGGGAGCGUUGACAGCUGGUGUCAGGCGGGGCUUUC